AUGUGGCAGCUGAAGGCGCUCAUCCGUUUGGUCUUUCCUGCAGUCCUAGCUGGCCUUCUGACACUGCAGGGCUGUGAGGAGCUGCAGCAUGUCAAGAAGGAAGCGGAGUCGGUGUUUGAUGGAAGCAACGAAACCAAGCGACGCUUCAAGAGUUCCGGCAGGCCUGGGAAUCAGACAGACCGCGAACGCCCCACGCAUGCCCCGGUGGCGAAACGGUCCAGGAGCGUGCAAGAGUCCUCCAUCCCACUAUCUGCCGUCUCUUGGUCGGGAGGUCAGCGGUUGCUGAUGGCAGUUUCACCCGUGUCCUCGAGCGGGGAGCUGUUGCCAGCGCAGAAGCUGGUCGUCGACACGGGUUCAUCGACGCUUGCGUUUUGUCAGAGCAGCUUUCUCCAAGAGGCUGCUUUUGAGUCCACGGACUACAUCUCUUGCAAUCAGUACAACCCAGGAGGUGAUCCGACAGGGUAUUGGGGCCCCUUCGUUCAGGGAGACGUCCUGGCUGGCAACAUGACUUUCCAGAAGGCCUCGUACAGCAUUAUGGCUUUUCAGGAGAAUAUGCCCUGUAAAGACGGCAUUCAAGGAAUCUUCGGCAUUGCUUUCCGUCAGUUGGAUGUUGCUUAUCCUGCGGGUACGACGCUGCCCAACUGGUACGCCGGCGGCAAGGCUUCGUGCCCAGAGGCAGCCGGUGUGGUGCCACCUCCGAUGAUCCAACAGCUUCGAUCGGAAGGUGGGGUGGAGAAGCUUGGUAUCUACUGGUCCGGGCAGGUGGGAGAGAACCAGGGCCGACUGUACCUUGAUGAAGCGGCCGUGACAAACGAGCACUACGACAAGUCGUCAGUUCUCGGCCCGGCUGCGCUGGGAGAGAUCGGUUGGUACGACAUCACGGUGCAGAAGAUUCAGUUAGGUGGCCAGGAGUUCGCCAACUUUGACUGCGAUCCGAACACGCCCGGCAAGCAGUGCAUCAUGGACACAGGAACCCCUGCGCUUGUGCUUCCGCCUGAUGUCUUCGAGGCCGCUGCCGCGCUGAUCGACUUCGGACAGCCUGCAAGCUUAACCUUCUAUUUGCCUGGCGCCUCCGGAGAGAAGGACGUUCCGGUGAGCUUCGACCUGAUCGCCCUGAACAACAUGGCGGCCCUGUCAAAAGGUGGGGUUGGGACCAACAUCAUCCUUGGGCUUCCUCUCUGGGCCUUCUACUACACCGUCUUCGACAUCACGGAUCAGUCCGUCUCCCUCUUCCCAAAGAAGCAGCAGACGCAGCCGACCAUCCGACCCCAGAGCCCCAUGGAGCCCACGGAGCCCACGGAGCCCACGGAGCCCACGCCCCAAAGCCCGCAGCAGGUACCCUGGCCCUUCGGGCCCUUCACGGGCCCCUCUCCUUGGGCCCCGAUCCCGGGGCACCAGCCGGGAAGCUGGCCUGCACCGGUGGGAGGCUCUUGGCCUCAGCCUUCCGAUCCUUGGGAACCUUUCGGCUUCGAGAGAAAGCCUGCGAAACAGGGAGAGGGGCGUCGGAUGGGAGAGCUGCCAGUGCAUGUCUGA